AUGGUUUACUCGUCGUUCGAAAAGGAAACGAUAGAUGCCGCGGCUGGUCCUGACGACCUGGUUCCCGAUAGGCCCGAGGACAUGCGGCCUCGUUUUCAUCAGCCGAAAUUCCGCGACACUAACGGUAACGCAGGUGCAAUGGAGGGUGAGGUGGAUCAUGCCUUGAAAGGAAGUUCUCCCGAAGCAAUGUAUAAUCCGCGCACCAACGAGAAUAUCAUGAAUGGGAGCAGCCGGGUGCCUAUGGGUGCUGUAGAGGGGGUGAAGGGAGCCCAAGAUGGCUUUGGUAACGAUUCUCAUGAUGGGGGAAAUGAUGAUGAUGACGAUGAUGACGGAGAGGGUGGAUAUGAAGAUCGUGACGCUGAUGGCACAGAAUGGAAUCUAAGAAGGGGUUCAGCAGCCGCCCUGGACAGCUUGUCCACUCUUUUUGCGGACGAACUCUUAGAUGCGCUCCAGCCGGUAUUGCAAGACAAGCUAACUGAUGGAGAGAACUGGGAACAGAGGGAGUGUGGGGUCCUGGCGCUGGGUGCAAUUGCAGAGGGUUGCUACGGCGGAAUGUCACAUCAUAUGCGCAAUAUUUUCCCUUUUCUGAUGCGUCUAGCAUCAGAUUCACAUUACAUGGUACGGUGUAUAAGUUGUUGGACGCUCUCUAGAUACGCCAAAUGGAUAAUCAGCGAGCACGAUGACGCGUCGUAUCAACAGCUGCUGAAAUUACUGCUAGACCGUAUGCUUGACCGAAAUAAGGUUGUUCAGAAAGCUUCUUGCUCUGCGUUAGCCACACUCGAAGAGGAAACAGGCCCUCUGUUGACGUCUUACUUGACGCCAAUACUCCGUACUUUGAAAGUCGCAUUUGAAAGAUAUCAACAGAGUAAUCGCAUUGCGCUUUAUGAUGUUGUAUGUGGUCUCGCGGAUGCUGUAGGCAGCGAACUUGCCAUUCCUGAUUACCUGAAUAAGCUAAUGCCUUUACUAAUUUCGCAGUGGAACUCAGUUGGCGACACACAUCUUUCCAUGCUCCCGAUUCUAGAGUGCCUGGGAGUCGUCUUUCGCUCGAUUGGCGUUCGCUCACAACAAUUUGCUGCAAACAUUUUUUCGCGUUGUGCUAAUAUUAUGGAUAUAGUAUAUUCAAGAGAAUCGCACGGAGAACGGGAUGAUGCGCAUGUAGAGUUUCUAAUAAGCUCUCUCGAUCUCAUGUGCAGCCUCGCUGAAGCGCUUGGUGCCAGUGUGGACCCAUUCGUUGCGAAAAGCGGAAACGGAGCGAAACCACUUCUGCCGUUACUUUUCGUGGCAAUGAGAGACAACCGAGCAGAAGUUCGACAGAGUGCAUUUGCGCUUUUAGGCGAGUUGGCGCGCGCGAGGAUCCCGUCCUUAAUUCCUGCGUUGUCUGAAUAUGUUAAGUUUUCAGUGGAUGCCUUGGAUCCUGAAUAUAUGUCGGUAUCUAACAACGCUACAUGGGCCCUCGGUGAGUUAAUCAUGAUGGCUGGUUUCCUUCCUCCGAACGUACCAAUCGAUCGAGAAACAAUUCAAAGGGUGUUGUUGGAGAGAGCGGUGGAUCCCUUGAUUCUUGUGGUCAACUCAACACAACUGAACAAGACUCUACUAGAAAAUUCCGCUAUAACGCUUGGGCGACUGGGGCUUGUCAUGCCAGAUGCGAUGUCUGUUCGUUUGGGAGUAUUUGCGAAGGCUGUCUUCUCUCAUUUGCGAAAUAUUCGGGAUGACGUGGAUAAGGAGCAGGCGUUUCACGGAAUGAACAGUAUGGUUAGAGUGAAUCCGGGGGCCGUCCUUGAGUGUUUCGUGUACUAUGUUGACGCGAUAGCGAGUUGGUACCAAUGCAAACCAGACCUUGAAAUGGAAUUUGCAACCAUUCUUGGAGGGUUCAAGACAUCUCUCGGGGAUCGGUGGGCAGGAUUGUGUAAGACAUUGCCACCAACCCUCCAAAAACUACUGAAGGAACGCUUCAGGCUAUAGCACGGCUGGAUGCCGUGAUUUGAUGUACGGUAGUCAAAAGUACGUGCAUGUGUAGAGGCAGAGCCUCAAAGGGUGUGAGUUUGGCAAUUUCCACGCCGCCUAAGUAACUAGCUCUGUUCUUGACGUGGUAGUUUUGAGUAAUUUUCGGUGGGAGAAGAAGCUUGCGACGAAUGCCUCGGCCCGGUACAAUAUUCGAUAUGUAGACGAUGUACAGUAGAAGUUGGGAAUGAUUCCCAGUAAAACCAUUGCACAAAGCAUUUACCUCUGAAAA